GCGUCCCUCCUCCCAUUUCUCACAUUCGAGGAAGAGAUCAAAGGCGAGAAAUAGCAAAAAGAAAUAAAUCACCAAAACCAAUUUCCCAAGAAGCUGGUCCAGGCACAGUAACCCAAGCAUAUAGAGAAGAAAUAACCUCACAGAACGAAGUUCAAGAGGUAAAAUAUGCUCCAGAAAACCAUUUUCGAUCAAUUUACAAAGUAGAAGAUAGAGUUAUAGAGAAAAAGCCACCCACAAAAAAUAUAGAAUUUUUAGAAAAAAGACCAGAACCCACUAGACAACACCAAAAUCUUAAAUCUAUGACGGUAUAG